UCCGAAGAGCCGCCAGCCAGGGGACAGGUGGCCCCAGCAGCGAGUGACAGCCAGUGCCCAUGGCCGGGGACACCGGGAUGGCCGGGAAGGUGGCGCUGCUCCUGUGGGCCCAGACCCUCGGCCUCGCUGGUGCCCAGAGCACCCAGCUCCUGGUGGAGCCCCCCUGGACGCCGGCGGUGCUGUGGGACCGGGUGACACUGACCUGCCAGGGCUCAGGGACCACCGGUGACACCACCUGGUACAAGGACAGGCGGCGCUGGUGGCAGAAAGGACCCGAACACUUCACUGUCACAGAGAGUGGAACCUACACGUGUGACAGGCCUGGCACUGGGCUCAGCCCCCCUGUGAUGGUGUCAAAUGAGCGUCUUGUGCUGCAGCUGCCGGCACGGGCGCUGCUGGAGGGGGACACGGUGACACUGCGCUGCCGGGGCUGGCAGGAUGCCACGGUCACUGGAGUACGAUUUUACCACGGGGACAAGGAUCUGGGGGGGCCCCUCUGUGGGACCGAGCUGUCCCUGUCCCCCCUGCAGCUGCACCACAGUGGCCGCUAUCGCUGCGGGGGCUGGGUGAGCUCUGGGCCAUCACCGUGCUGGGAGAAGUCAGCACCAGUGACAGUGACAGUGACAGUACAUGUGCCCGUGGCCAAUGCCACCAUCACCCCCGGUCCCCCGGCACUCCAGGUGUGCCCAGGUGACCCCGUGACCCUGCGCUGCUCGGUGCAGGUGGGCUCAGCCCCUGUCACCUUCACCUGGCUGCACAACGGGCACGAGGUGGCCCAGGGUCCCCUCCUGGAGCUUGGGGACAUCGAUGUGGGACAUUCGGGCACCUACCAGUGCGUGGCCACCAACCAGCUGGGACAGGACGGGCACCGCGUGUUCCAGGCACUCAGCCCAGAGCUGGCCCUGGAGGUGACACCACAGGGAACCACUGGACACCACUGGAACACAGAGGCUCCUUGGGUAUUUCCUGCAUUGGUCAUUGGGUCCCUCUUGUUCCUGGUCCUGCUCAUGAGUAUCAUUGUGGCCUUUGGUGGAUCCACAUGGGUCUCCUUUGGAGCUGCCAGGAAGCACCAGGAAAGGGCCCCCCCACUGGAGGAUCCUCAGGCGACCUACAUGGAGCUGCAGGGGCCACAUGGGCAACCAUGGGAACUCAGUGACAUCUAUGGCAAUCUACAGCAAAAGUUGUGACACUCUGGGAAGGGGGAGGCACUGGGUGACACGGGGUGCUCCCUCCAUGGCUCCUGUGGUUGUCCAUCCUUCCAAGGGAGGUGUCAUGAGCCAGGAGAAGGCUACACAGGGCACCCUGUGCUCCCCAUUUUCUCUCCCAGUACCCCCAGAGGCUCCCCCAUCCCCUUGCCCAUACCUGCAGUGUGAAAAAUGAGGUUCAUUUUCCUGGUAGAUUUUACAAGGCUUAAUAAAAAAAGUCAAGUAGAAGAC